UUAAUUGAAAAGGAAGUGGGUGUGUAUGCAUGUAUGUCUGUCACAUUGUCAGAGUAGAUUAGGACCAGGCCUUUCUGGGUCAUGUCACUUUGACUGACCUAGAUUUGACUACAUAAACUGGCCAGCAGAAGAGGAUGUGUGUGUGAGACCUGCCGUGACAAAUACAUCACACUCUCUGACCUUGAGGACCGCUCUGAAGUCUACCUGCUAACUUUCGCUACUUAACUUUCUAUUUAAGCCACAUGCACUUCACCGAACAAACAGGGUAAAAACUGUACAACGAUUAAACCGCCCCUUUUAUUAGGCCUCAUAAUCACACUCUCAAUCUCCAGUUUCGCUUUUCCUUCUACGCCACCCCUCAUGAACACCUUCCCGUCCUUUUCCGCUCCUCCUCCCAAUACACCAACCAUCCAGUCAGUGUGUAAGCCCUGCCUACGGGCCCCUUGGAGGAUGAACGAUGUGCCCACACUUGACUACGAGUUGCUGCUGUCCCCGGCCAGCUCCUCCCUCGCCGGCAGUCCUGGCGGUGGCAGCAGCAGCCCCCCUCUGGCCUUGGUCGGGGUGGACACUGAGCAGCGCACCGCCUUGGCCUUUGUAGGCCUCCUCAUGCUCUUCCUGGUCUUCCUGCUGGUCAGGUGCUUCAGGAUCCUGCUGGACCCCUACAGCCGCAUGCCUGCAUCAUCCUGGACUGACCACAAGGAGGGGCUGGAGAGGGGCCAGUUUGAUUAUGCACUGGUGUAGAGUGAUUCAUGAAGAAAAGGGGGAAAGAGGAAUAUUUUAUUGCACAUAGAAUCUUUAAGAUAAAUUUAGACGUGGAAAUGGAUUGUACCAAUGCAUAAUAUUGUGAAUGCACUCUUAACGGGAGGUUUACCUGAUGUUUGUGUAUGCUCCGUUUGUAUCACUGUACUGCAGCCUGUGUACUGGUGUAAAUAUGAGGCUACAGGACACUACAGAACUUCAACAACAGGCAUAUAGACCAAUGGAAGCCAAAACACCCAGAUGUUGGACCAUGGAGGACAGAAAUAAUGAGCUGCACAGCUGCCUUAAUCUACUGUACCUGUCAAACAUGCUAUAACAUCACAUCACUGUAGGGCUCGGUUUUCCAAACUCCAGAGCUCGUCAGUAUUAAACACUAUAAUUUUGCGCAAGAUCACCUUCACUCAUGGCAUAGUUUAUAGCCUCAAAUGAGAACACACAACAUGCAGAACACACGCUGAGCUUAAAUGAAGGAGUUUACACUUGAGCAGACGCCCCUUUAAUGUACAAACGUCCAUUGUAAAGGAUCAAAGUGUUAAGUGCUGAUCAAGGAGCAC